AUGCCACUGACGUUUGCAAGGAUACAUCAGUGUCUACUGCCCAAAGCGAAUCAAAUGUUGCAGUUGCUCUCCCCUCAUGUAGGUCGGAUGCCACCAAGACAACACCUACCCCAGUCCAUGAAGCUCCAAGUCAACACCACUCAGGAGAUGUCACAGCAGGUGACAAGGACACUUCAGCCAAAGGAAGCCACUAACAUUUGUAAUGAUACCUCAGUGUCUACUGCCCAGAGCGAAUCAAAAAUUGCAGUUGCUCCUCGCCCAUGUAGGUUGGGUGCUGCGAAGUCCUACACACACGACCACAGCGAUGGCGCAGAGAGUUCACCCUCUGAUAGCAACUGGGCUGCAGAUGAAGAAAAGCACAAAAAAGCUGCACGCCCUUCUGCCGUUGAUGGUGAUGACAACAGCGACGAUCCCUCUUUGUCUCCACUCCGAUUGACCCAUGAACAAAAAGGAAAAGGCAGAGCUAAGGCGUUUGAUAAGGGUGACAAUGAUGAGCAGGACUAUAAUGAGGAACAGGAGGUCAAUGAGGAUAAGAGUGACAAAGGCCCCGCCAAGAAGGGAAGGCUGCCAUUUGAAGUGGUCCUAAAGGUGCAGGAACUUGGUGCGAGGGUGAUCCUCAUUGAGGUAGGGCUGGCCACAAAGGCAACACGCAAGGAGUCUCCUUGGAAUCAGCACCAAACGUGGUUCAAGACUUUUAGCCCCCCCUCUCAAGAAUCGGCUGGUUACUGGUACCACACCCAUGGUAUUCAUAUUUCUGGUGUUGCAAUAUUUCCUGGUUAUGAGGAUGCUGGCCACCAAGCAUCAGGGUACAAAGACUUAGAGGCUGCGCAAGCAGAAGGGAUAUCUUUUAGUUUUCUCCCUCGCUCUACCACUGGCCCAAAUGGCACACUUUUGUGCAAUGGCAAGUCCGCUAGGGACAGGAACAGAAAAGUCACACCAAUGAUCAUCAGCGAGAAGUUUGCUGAAGCUGGCCAUCCGCUUAAAACCUCCAACAACAGAUGGUUGGACAUACUCAAUACUCUUUAUGUUGAGCAGCUGUUCAUCCUUAACUGGCCUGCUGUUGUACCGCCCCCCGGCCCCAACUUUGAUCUCAAAGCAUUGUCAGCUGACUUAGGUCAAGAUGAUGAGGACGAUGAUAGUGAGGCAGAAACCGCGAAGACAAAGAAGUGUAAGGGUAAAUCCAAGAAGUCAAACCACAACAGAAGGACAAAGGGUACAAUAGUAGAGAAGCCGGAUGUUGUGUUGUCCAUUAGAGAGUGGUCUGAGUACACAAACGGCGAGGUCCUCCGUGAGCUUCGGAAUUUGGUCAAGUUUUUCAAGAAUUUCCCCCUCCCAUAUCAAGCUAGUACCAACCAGAUGAUCCUGCAAAGUGAUGCAAUAGUAUCCAAUAUGAUUUGUGAUACUUCAGAGGAAUGGUUGUGGUUUGUAGGUAACAAGAAGGACCAAGAUAGUUUAUUUGGUGCUCAGGGUGCUAGUAUAGUGUCUCCUGGUGCAAAAGAGGUCACACCAAAUUUUUCAAUGAACAGCAUCAUAUGUGUGAAUAACAAGGCCUGGAUCUUGCACAAGGAGCCCAUUUAG